GGCACCAAAGGUCUGGUGAUGAAGGCACAGUAUCUAAAAUCUACUCUGGCCAGUUGACCUCUGACUGAUUUGUGGUCAUUUAGCUUUUUUUUAUUUGGUGUUGAAACUUUGAGGAAAGUACAAACAUAGCCAAGACAAACUGUUUAUCUUCAGUCUCCUAAAAAGUGUUAAAUGUUCGAACACUGAGUGAGUGAGUCACUGAGUGAUAACCUGGAAAACAUGCAGCCACGGCGCAUUGUGACGCAACGUCUUCAGGAACAGAGCGUGCUUGGUGGCGCGGCGGAGCAUCAUGCACACACCUCCCUCCACACCCCCGGCGAAGGUUAAAAUGCGCGUUCGCGUGGAGGAGUUCGCUACUGCGGAGUGUUAUUCGAAAAGCAACACGAGUGUGCACGCGAACUGCCUUUAGCGCUGUGUCAACGCUGACUCCCUCACAGAACAGCAAGAGUUUGUUUCAGGACUUUGCGCAUCAAUACUAGACUCUCCUCAGGUAAUUGAAUAUCGCAACUACUAAAGAGAAGUGAGACCAGUUGACUAGGUGACCCUGUGGUGAGAUAAAACAGGGGGUCCUGCGGUACAGCACAGCCAAGUUAGCCAGAACUUAGUAACUUUUCGUGCGCUCUCAGCAAUGGCAAACGCAGGGAUCCAGCUUUUGGGAUUUGGUCUCUCUCUGAUGGGGAUCAUCGGGCUCAUCAUCGGCACCAUCCUCCCGCAGUGGAAGAUGUCCGCAUAUGUAGGAGACAGCAUCAUUACGGCGGUGGCCAUGUAUGAAGGACUGUGGAUGUCGUGCGCUUUCCAAAGCACCGGGCAGCUUCAAUGCAAAAUCUAUGACUCCAUUCUACAGCUUGACAAUGCCCUCCAGGCCACGCGUGCCCUGAUGAUCGUGGGCAUCAUCGUGUCCAUCGCAGGACUGGGUGUGGCCAGCAUCGGCAUGAAGUGCACUACCUGUGGAGCGGACGAUAGAGCGCGCAAGUCUCGGACCGCUGUCACUGGAGGCAUUAUACUGCUCGUAGGGGGCCUCUGUGCAAUCGUGGCUUGUUCGUGGUUUGCCCACAACAUCAUCCGUGCCUUCUACAACCCCUACACCCCAGCCAACACCAAGUUUGAAUUCGGGGCCGCUAUUUUCAUCGCGUGGGGGGGCUCCUUCCUGGAUGUGCUUGGGGGGGCCAUGCUGGCCGCUUCGUGUCCUGGUGCCAAACAGAUGACCAAAUACCCUCCCAAGAAUGUCUCAAGGACCGCCAGCAGCGCCAAGGAGUAUGUUUGAGCUGAGCGCCCUCCAGUGGACAGAAAGAAAAACAGCAGGGGAGGAUGCAGGUCUUCCCUGUCCUCAUCUGUCUCAACAGACUGAGACUGUUAGGUUGUUUUUUUUUACUUCAGCUUGUUUAAAGAAAUUUGUGGUAAUAAGAGCAAGAACAAGGAACAAACUUUGCCCUCAUACUAAAGAAUUCUCUUAAGGGUAGAGAGAGAGUCUCUGUUUUACACCGAGUAUGACCAUGUGGAGAAAAGUAAGUAUUAUGAAGAGCAAUGUUUUGAGUUUAAGUUUUUAUGUCUAAAUGUAGUGGACAGUGUUUUAGCUGCGCUCUCUCAGGUCAGUGCGACAAAGGGACUGAGAAUAAAUAUUACUUUUUGUGACCUCUGAACAAAAACAUUUUUAGUUAACUGAGUGUAACUUAUUCCAUUGCUACGUACCUCAGCUAACAUUGUCACACUCAAAUGCUGCGUCUCAAAGGAGGAUUUCACUAUCCUGUUCCUGUAAUGUACCCGACAGUGAGUCCCCCGCCCUGUUAUCAUGCUGCCUUGGUCCGAACAAACACAUGACAAAAAUAUCCUAAUUGGCUGUUUACCUUCUCGUCUUCAUUGGGUAGAACUCAGAAUCCAUCUCAUGUUUUCACCCCAAAGUCCAGGGCCUUCACAGAAACUACUGUUGUUCCUCAGGGAACAUAUACAGUCUUAAUAGUUAGUUAGAUGGACACCGAAUUUCCCCAAAGUGUUCUGCAUUUCCAUUGCAGAUCCCACUGCCCCUGUGAUAUCUUAACAGACUUCUUUGCAUUUCCCUGUCUCUAUGUUGGUUUAAACAAUAAUGCGGUGUGUGAUUUUCCACUGACCUCACCACUUUUCCAGCUGUUUUGCAUUCUGUUGUGUCAUAUUUGCAUUUAAUGACGUUGACCUUGAAACGACAACUAGGCCUAUCAACACUCAUAGAGUCUGCAACGGACUGGACAUUCAGGUGCUGCUGUAUGUACUCCAGCAGGUGAAUCAACUAUGCAUCUCAAUUAUUAUUUGCUAGUUAACCCAGGACAUGGCAACGCAUACUUUAUGCUUAGCAACCAGUCGACUAAUGGUCUACCUAAGACAUUAGGUCAGUUAACUUUAGCUUCCGGUUCUAUGAACUUUUAAACCUUUCAGAGAAAGAGAGUUUGACCUCUGACCCCUUGGUUAGGUAGUUGUGUACUGAGGCUUAUGUGUGAAAGGCAGUGUGCAGAGCAACAUUGUCAAUGCCUUCAUGACAAGCACACAUCUAAGUAGGUCCUCUAGAAGAAAAUAAAUAGUUUUACAAGGUUAGCAAAGUGUUAGAUUUUUACAGGUGCUUAUAUUUCUAAAUAUAUAUAUAUAUAUUGUAUAUUCUGUGGAGAAAUGGAAGAAGGUGGUUUUGGAUGGCCAUGGCCAUGGAUAUACCAGAGUAGGAAUGUUGUUACAGAGCAGGAAAUCCAGACUCCGAGGUCCAUGGCUUAAUCUACAGACGAGGAACCUCAUGGUGUCGGUGCAGCAUGAGAGCUCUGUUCUUAUGAGUCAUUCCUUUGUGAGUGGGGGCAAGAUGGCAAUGUAUUUCUAGUUCAGGAGUUGCUGUUGCUUUCUUUGGUCAGAUAAUUUCAGUUGCUGACAGCCUGUUGAACUGACAGCUUUUGGCCUCCCGUUGAGGUCACACCCAUGGGUUUCUUGUUUUACUGAAUGUAUCAUUUUAUGUUUUUAACACAUCAAUUUCCCAGGACCGUUUUAUUCUUCAAUGUCAAGUUUAGAUAAAUAACAAAACGGUUUGUACACCUUUGUUUUUAUAUAUGUACAUUUAUUCCAUUGGACAUAAAAUUUUUGUCUCAUGUUAUGGUUAGUUGGUUGGUGACCCACAUCCACCAAUGAAACAUUCCUUAAUAAAAGUCACAGAUGGGUUUGUACUUUUAAAA